CAUCAAGCACGAAAAUAAGUCCUAUUGCGACACCCGGCUUCGGACGCCCAAAAGCUUGCAAGCAAAAAACCAUGGCGCUCGCGAACCACCAUCUUUACCGCGGACACAGCCUACUCAGGCGUAUUCCAUCGGACGUCAGGGCCGCGGUGACAUCCCGCAUUGUCUUCCCGCGAGCUAGUGUGGUGGCUCAGGCAUCGCCGAUGGCGACCGCCGCUGCGCCGGAGGCGCCCACUGCUCAAGCAGGGUCUGCACAGAAGCGCGUUGUGUUCGUGGUGGGCGGCCCCGGCUCAGGGAAAGGGACUCAGUGCGACAUGUUGGCGCGCGACUUUGGCGUGCCGUUCUUCAGCGCCGGCGAGUUGAUUCGCUCUCUCAUUGCCAGCGGCUGCCCCGAGGGCAAGCAGCUUCAGGACAUAAUCCUGCAGGGGCAUAUCAUUCCCUCGGAGGUGACUGUGGGCCUGCUGCAGAAGGCCAUGGCCACCACCACCUCGGACACGGUGCUCAUUGACGGGUUUCCUCGCAACCACGAGAACCGGACUGUGUGGGCCAGCCAGGUGGGCUACGACUGCGACAUGGUGCUGCUGUUCGACUGCCCGGAUGAGGUCAUGCUGCAGCGGCUGCUAGGGCGCGCCGGGCAAGGCAGCCGCGCGGAUGACAACGAGGAGACCAUCAAGAAGCGAGUCAAGAACUUCAAGUCCCAAAUGGAGCCUGUGCUGGAGCACUACCGCGCCAUCGGAAAGGUCACCACAAUUCGCACCGACCGGCCCAUCGCCGACGUGUACGCGGAGGUGUCCGGGAUAUGGCGGCAGCGCUUCGCCAACACCACCGCCGCGUGAGCAGUGUGGGAGUUUCAGUUUGCCUGCAGCGGAGCAGGGCGUUGUUUGCGGCCAUGCGUGGCUAGUUCGUGUGUCCACUCAGGGGUCGUAUCUUGUUUUCGGGGUGAUGUCUGGCUCCAGACAAAAACG